AUAAUUGAUUAAAAUUAUAUCGAUUCGUUCGGUUUUUGCUUCUUACUACUCUACUCCGGGACCUGGUACAAAUAAACAAAAGAAAUCAUAAUAUUGCUUCUCCUUUCCUCCAAACUUUAUAUUUGAAAACCAUCCACUUUAUUCAAAAAUAUGGAGCGAGUAGUGCUUAACUUCAUUAUUUUAUCAUCAUGUCUCAUUCUUAAAACUUAUCAAAGCGAAGAAUUUCACCAUAGCACAGAAGAUGAAGUAAUUUUUAGAGUAACACGAGGAGUUCAUUCGCAUGACAAUGAAUGUCGGUAUAAGAAAAGUUCCUGGAGUGAGUGUGACUCAUCGAAUUUGCAGAGAAAAACUCUUAAUUUAAAACGUGGAGAUUCAACGUGUGAGCAAACAAAAGUUGUUACCCGCCAUUGUAAAAAAACUUGUAAAUAUGAAAAAGGUGAGUGGAGUGAAUGUGAAACCAACUCCAAAGUAAGGACAGACACUCUAAAACCAAAAAGUGAUUCAUCGUGCCAACCUACCAGAACUUUAACUAAAAAAUGCAAAAAAGCUUGUAAAUAUAAUAAACAAGCAGCAUGGAGUGAGUGUGAUUUUGCCACUGGCAAAAAGUCUAAAGUGCUCAAUCUGAAAAAUGGUAGCCCUCAAGUCUGUGAAGCACAAAAGAAGAUUACUCGAUCUUGUCAAAAAGCUUCAUAAAUCUGUCAUAGCCAGUGGCUGUGCUGAAGGAAGAUGAAAUGUAGCUAAAUGAACUUUAAUUUCUCCUACCUUUUCGUUGUUUUUAUGACACUUGUUUUCUUGGUGUAUAGAUGUGGUAGUUUAGAUUCCAUGAAUUUUUGUGAUAUCUUGAAUUUGAAUGUUUGCUUGUAGCAAUCCUGCUAAUUUGUUUUUUUAUCCUAAUAAUUAGGUUUUCCAAAAUUGUUCCAUGUGAAUAUUUUUUUAUUUAAUGCUGUAUACACCUUUUAAACUUCUAGAUUAAUUUUAACAUUUUAAAACCUUUUUAACGUUUAAUGGUAGUAUAGCGUGUUAAAAAAAGUAACACUUGAAUUACUCUUGAUCAAAUGACUGGAUUUUCAUAUGCUAAGAUGCAAUCUUAAUAGUUCAAGGGAAUGACCUGAAAUAUUUUAAUUAUUUAGAACAAAUGGUAUUUUAACUCUUUGUUGUUUUAUGUUAUUUUUUAAUAGGAAUGUGUGGCUGACUCAACCACAAAUGGUUAGGCUAAAAAUAUUGAACUCAAAAACGUACUUUUCUGAAUAAACAUUUCCCUUUUCUUUAAAUUUUUUACCAUCAAAAUAAACUAUUGUUUAGAAAUAUGGUCAUUACAGUAAAUUUGAGAUCCUGAACAUUAUAUUUUUAAAAUUUUUUUUGCACACAAUUAUAAAACUUGUUACACCAUUUUAAAUAACAAUGAAUUUAAGCAAAUAGUUUCUAAAUAAUAAAUUUUCAAUAACAUAUUUUAAAUGUUCAUUUCUAAGCACUAUUCAAUCAAUCUGUUCCAGCUUAGGAUUUUGUAUAGUUAACAAUAGGUAUGAAUUACCUUUUUACUUGAAAUUACCCUUGUACUAAUGAAUUUUAUAAUUGUGUGCAAUUUUAUUUUUUUAUUUGCUUAAAUAAUUUUAGAAAUAUGUUAAAGAUGAAAUGUAGAUAAAGGGGCCCAAAUCUUUCGAUUGCUCUCUUGCCUAAACUAUUGCUACACCCCCUUAUUUUGAGAAUAUACGCUUUUCAUAUAUCUGUGUGAAAGAGAAAGUUUGUUUCGAAAAAGAACGAUUUUCUGUCUGAUUUUGUAUCUUAGAAUUUCAUCUGUACAAGAACAUUAGAAUUUGUCACCAACUUGAAUCAUUAGUUCAUAAGUUUUUAAAGUGUUACUUUUUUUUAACUGUAUGUUUUUUACAAUUUAUUGUAUUAAAUACAGAAUAUCUAAACUGUAUGAAAAUGGUCAUAUAUUUCAAGUGAAAGCAGUUUUUAAAAGUUUCAAAUGUGAUACCAAUUUCUUUAUUUACUGCAAAGUAAAUGCAACUAAAAUAUAAUAAACAAGAUUAAAAGACACCAACUCUUUUUUAACUUUGUUAAUUAAUUAUUUAAAUCUUCAGACCUGUGUGUUACAGGUUUUGGACAUUGUUAAUACUCACAUUAAAUAUUUCGGACAUAGCUAAUUAGUAGGUUAAACAAUUUUUAACUUUAUUGGUCUAAAAGUUUCUACACAUGUUUAGAGAUUCAAAACUGAGUUUCAAAUUUUUCUCUUAGUUUUGCUGAUUAAUAUAAAUAUCUUGAAAUUAAUUCACCAAAAAAAUUAAAAAGGUAUUUCAUUGAAAAAAAUGGAAUAAAUAAAAAAUUUGAAAUUAUUUAGUUAUUUUUUUUGGUACAUGUUUUUAGCAAUUGUUUGAUUAACCAUAAUUUUUUUAAGGACUGGAAAAGAAAAAAAAAUUCUAUUUUGUCACCCCAAAAACAAAACACCUAAAUUGUAUUGCUUUCAAAUGACAUUAGUGGAUUUAGAGCAAUAGAAAUUUAUUAUAUUCUACAAUAUCCAUUUUUGCUGUCACAUAAAUCGAAUUGUUUUAUUCUUUUUAGUCCUCUUUAUGAACAUAAUUGUUAUUACUAUUAUUUUUUUAGUUUUGUUUACGUCAGAAAGUGAUUAAAAUUUUGAUUGGUAAUAAUACGGAAAUAAAAUUUCGAUUGUAACAAAAGGAAAGCAGUUGUAACUCUUGUUUUGACGAGGCACAGAGCUCCUGUUGCUGAUAAAUUCCUUCAACUAAAUAAAUUUGUCAUUGUUGAUGAUAAUUUCGUUUGAUCAUAAAUUCUUUUUGGCAACAAAUUCUGCUGGUAGUGAUCAAAUAAAAAUUGAUCAAGGUAACAAUUAAUGUUUUUCAACAUAGAUCUUCAUUUAAAACUUGAGUGUUCUAACUAUAAAAAUUGUCAAAAUUUUAAAUUGACAAUAAUGUACUGUCAAUGAUAAUAUCACAAUAAAUUCUGUUUGUAGAGGUCAGGUAAUAAUUGAUACUUGUAUUGUCUUCUAUCUCAGAGUUCCUCUCUAUUUUGGAUGCUCUAGCUAACCUAAAAGGGGUUGAAUGUUGAUUGAUGGAGCAUUUUCAAAAAUAUUACAAUGAAUUCUGCUUGUAAUGGUCAGAAAUUCAAUGAAACUUGCAUUAUUAUUGGUCGUAGAGAUUUGAGUGAUAUAUCUUGUAAGAAAAGGGUGGAAAAAUUGAUUGAAAAACUUCAUCAAAACAUUUUUAUUAUCAAAAUAUUAUUAUCAUGUUAUUAAAAAUGUUCUUCAAUAUUAAUAUUUAAAUUGAAGCACUUUUAACAUAUAUUCAACAAAAUUUGGUAAUUGUCUUGUCUAAAAUGUUGAAACACGUCACUAAUAUGAAUUUCAAAAAAAGAAAAGACAAAAAAACUGUAAGGCAAUUGUCACCAUUUUGUUGUAACAAUACAGAUUUUAGUUCAAUGUACUUUUGUUGUUUGUUACAUGCACUGAAUUGGCCCUACUUUUGAAAAAUAUGUUUUGCUUUAGAAAGUUAAGACAGGAAUUACUUUUAUUUAAACUUUGAGGAUCAUUAUAUUUGGACAAGAAUCAAAAUUCUAGAUCAGUUUUCCUAAACAUGUUCGAAACAGCAAAACAAUAGAUCUAUUGUUGUUAACUCUUGCAAAUGUUAACCAAAGGAAGCUUUAUUCUCUCAUUUUUAUUUAAAAAAAAUUUUUCUAACAUUGGCUCAGUUAAUGUCCUAAAUUUUUAUCUUUUUCUUGAAGUACUAUAUUUACAUCGUACUAGAGCUGCACAAUGGGCUAUUGGUAACAGAAACAUCCCUGAGGAUGAUCCGAAGACAUGUUGCCCCCUGUAAAGCGGAUGUUAUCACAUUUUGAUAGCUUGACGACCUGUGUACAAAGUCGAGCACUUUACUGUAGAACAGUUUAAAAAAGACCCAUUAUAUUAGUUUAUCAAAGACCCGUUAUAUUAGUUGAACAAAGCCCAAUUAGUUUAACCCUUGUUCCCUUUGUAAGUUGAUAACAAAGUUAAUCUGGAUUCAUUAUUCAGCUGCUGCCAGUGAUGUACUGGCAGCUACAAUCUACUACUACUUACAAUCACUGUGGGAGCUUUUUAAAUAAAAAAAAUUCUAUUUUUAAUGUGUUAAUAGAAAUUUUUAUUGCAAUUUAUUUUGAUUCCUGUCAACAGAUAGAAUUUUAAACUUUGUCAAAGCUUUCACUUUAGAUUUGUGUUAUACUCCAACAUUGACAGAAAAUAUAAUAAAUAAGCCAUCUUUAAAAGCAUUUCUUAUAUGUAUUUUUAGAGUUUGAUCCAAUUAUCAAAAUAUUUGACCAUUUCAAUACAUUUUGGAUAUUCUUGUUUUUGAGACAAAUUGCGAUUUAUUGUUGAUCUUUAGGAAUAUUCAUGCACACAAGAUCUCUUCAUGUUUGUUAUUUCUUUUAUAUUCUUAAUUUAAAUUUUCAGAAUCCUUGUUCUGAAUAAAGUAUGAAAAAAUAUGCUGGUUAGGAAUCAUCAAUGAGAAAAACAACAUUUAAAAUAUUUACACUUGUUUAAUUAUAGAUAGAUAUCAAAUGAAAACCAAUUAAUAGAAACAGUUUGAAGUUACACCAGUUAGCAACCUAAUGAUAUUUAAUCCCAUUUUUUUUUCAAUAUUUUUUGUCGGAGUUUUUUCCUACUUGAAUAUUUGUUACAAAUUAAUGUAUGUGUCUUUUAACUUUAUCUUUGACAAGGAUUCUAAAAAUACAUGUGAAAGGGUUGUAGUUGCACAGGGAUGCCAACUUGCUCCACUUUGUAAAAUAGUAUUUUCUAGUGGUAACAAAAUUUAGGUUAUUUUUAGUUUAGUAUUUUUUAUUUCUAGUAAUUUUCCUGCCACUACAUAUGAAAAAUUUGAUAUAAGAUGCAACUUUAAUGCAUUUAUCUCGCGGCUACUCUUUUAAAAAGUAGGUGUAAUUAUCUUUAUUCUUCAGAUUUUGUUAUUUAAUUCACUAUGAAUUUAUUGAAAGCUUUCCAGAAAGCAGAGCAGUUAGCUACCCUUGUUACUACCCUGAAGUGCUUCAAUAUUCUUUUAUGUCUUAGCAUCAUCAUUCACAUCAUUGAAAUCUUCUGGAAAAAUUAUUCUCCUUAAUUUAUUAUCUAAAUAACUUUUGUGCCCCCAUUGACCAAUAAGUAAUUGAUUGUUGUGAAUUUACUAUUUCAAGCUGCUUUACUUAACAAUUAUUAUUAAUUAAUAAUUUUAUGAACAAAUUUUUUAUAAUAAUAAGUAAUUUAUUUGUAUAGUAAGUACCCUUAUAAACGUGCCAUACUACUGUAAUUUGAAAUAAUUUUAUACCCACCAGUUGCACUCAUAAAAAUACAAGUUAAAAAUCUGUUAAUACAAUGUAAUGCAAAGUUAAGCAUGUUAAUACUUCUGCGUUUCAAAAUAAUUAUACAUUGUAAAUUAUAAGUAUUAUAAAUAUACAUUAGGGUCUGUUCAAAUAUUGUAUGAGCAUCAAAAAGUCAUUGUGAUUUGCAUAUUUUUACUGACAAGGAGAAGAGAUGAGUAAUUAUAAAUGAGACACUAAAAUCCCCUAUAUUAAAAAAAAAAAAAAUUAACACCAAAUAAGUGUAACAAAAAAAAAAUUUUAGUGAAAAAUUACUUUCCAAAAUAAAAAGUUGGAAAAAGACUUUAAAAAGAAUUUAAACAUUUUAUUAAAUAAAUUUUUUAAAGUAAAUUUUGUUUUAAGUAAAGUUGCAACUUUCAUUUGAAUUGAACCAUAAAGUUAGACCACUUCUGUCAAAGUUAAAGCAUAAAAGGAUUUUCUUAUGAGGUGGAGCAAAACAUGCAACAUUUCUUAUGCAUAUUUAAAAUGAAAAAAUAAUUUAAUUUUUGAGGUCUUCCACCGAGAAAACUACAUUCAUAUUUUAUCCUUUGCAAGCAAUUCUGCAUUUUAAUCUAAUUUAGUAGUUUUCUUUGGGCUGGUUUUUAGCUUUUCAAAGAUCUUGGAUAGAUUUAUGAAAGAUUGUUUUUAGGGCAGUCUAUGCAUUUCUGUGUCUGUACUUCAUUUUUAUAUGUCUUUAUGUUGUAUUACUUGUUAAUUGUGAAGAAUGUUUUCUUUUUUUAAAAAAAAAAUCUUAUUUUUCAACUCGCAUGUAAAUGUAAUAAAUGUUUUCGAUUUUCUUCCAAAUGUGUGCAUUAGUUUUGUAGUGUUUUCAAUUUUAGCGUUUCCAAAUGUUUGGAAAGAACUUGGCAUAUUUGUGAUUAAUUAAAAUAAUAAAAAUGGAAAAACAACUAGA